ACCAAGAAAAUUAAGUUGGAAAAGAUGUACUUCAAUAUAUAAGCAUAAAAUGGAUUCAAUAAAGAGCAAUGAGGAUGUUUCAAAUGUUGAUGUGAUUAGUGCAAAGGAUCUGCUCUCUUCAGGUCAUACUUACUUAGAUGUGAGGACAGUUGAAGAGUAUAACAGAGGACAUAUUGAUAAAGCCAUAAAUAUUCCAUACAUGUUCCUCAAUGAACAAGGAAGGGUAAAAAAUCCAGAUUUUCUUCACCAGGUCUCUUCAGUGUGCCAAAAGGAAGAUCAUCUGAUUGUGGGGUGCAACAGUGGAGGAAGAGGACUUCGAGCAUGUGUCGAUCUCCUUAAUGCGGGGUACAAGGAUGUAAGAAAUUUGGAAGGAGGCUACUCAGCAUGGGUGGAUAAUGAGUUUAAAGGAGAUGAUCAAACUGCUCAACAGUUCAAAACUGCCUGCAAAUUUCGUCCAUGAGCCAACAAUUGAAUACUCACAAGAAUUAUAUAAUUUCUAAGCUUCAAGUUAUUUGUAUUGAUUUGUAAUAAAGAAAAAUGGCAAAUUUCAAAUAAACAUAUGUAAAAUUUCUGUUACAUUUUGAUUCAAGUUGUUGUGUGCAGAGGAUUUGUCAAUG